GGGAGGCGUCACUUAGCUGCUCCUUCAUUACUUUGCAGAAGUGACAACAGACCUUCAACUGCAGCUCAGUACGGCAGAAGAUUUGGAGAUCAGCAGCAUGGACCUUACAGACUGUGGAGCUGCAGCCAUGAGGAGAGGCAGUUAUGAUGAUGCAGCUGCUUCCAUACAUCCUCACUUCCGACAUUUGGCUCAGAGGCGACGCUCUGCUCCAUCUUUGGUCUUUGGGAAGGCCCUCGGGAUGCCAUGGUCUCCUAUCAGGGAAGAGGCUCCCUUCUGGGUGUCUGUUGACCAGAGCCCGUUUGUUCUCGGAUUGACCAGCGAGAAUGGCGAGCUGCUGCUGGACGAAUGUGUCCAAGUCACUGAGGGGACAAAGACCAAGGAGAGACACCUGUUCCUCUUUACGGACGUCCUUGUCUUCGCAAAACUAAAGUCGCCGGCCAGCUACCGCCUGAAGCAUAAAGUGAACUUGCAAGAAGUCUGGCUUUGCAGCUUUGAGGAGGAGCAGGAGGAGGAAGAGGAGGAAGAUGGUGAAGAUAGCGGGACAGUAGGGGACAUCGACCCCAGGCUGAGUGUUGUCCUGGCUUGGGCUCUCACUUUUUGUGUUGUGUGUUUUCGCUCGCCUGAGGUGAAAGAACGCUGGUUAGAUACUCUUCACAGAAAAAUUAGAGGCGCAAAAUCGAGGACUGCUUGUUCUUCUCCACCUCCCGACGUCCUCAUGAAGGUGUUGAGUGGCAGCAUCGCUACUAAAACUCUAACAGGAGGUGGCAUGGAGCAAAUGAUUGUUCUUUCACCUGAGGGUGAUGCAAAGAGCGGCAUUUUGUCAAAGCAGUUAAACAACCAAGAUGAGAAGCUGUCGCAAUCCUCUGAAACCAAAUGGAACCUGGUGAGGAACAGGAUGAGGCUCAGGAGGGCUUCCAGCAAGGCCUGCCAUGCAAAUAAAGGCAACAAGACUCAACUGUUUGGACAGGCACUUUGCAACAUCUGUCCAGAUGACUACUCACUUCCCAAGCCAAUCACAGAUCUGCUGGUGCUGCUGAGGAAGAGGGGUCCGUCUGUGGAGGGAGUUUUUCGGAAGCCAUGCAACACCAGGCUUAUGAAAGACCUCAGGGAGCAGCUGGAUAAUGGCGCGGAGGUCGACCUGGAGAAUCAGCAGGUCCAUCUGCUGGUUGGAUUACUUAAAUGUUUCCUGAAGGAACUUCCUGGCAGCCUGCUCAGGUCUGACCUUUACAACAGGUGGAUAACAGCUCUGGAACAUGAAGACAUCGAGCAGAGAACCGUAGAAAUCAAAAAGGUGCUCGCUGAUCUUCCGAGGCCUAACAAACUCCUCCUGCAGUACCUGACCUGUGUCUUUCAUUACAUUCUUGAGAGCUCAGACAUCAACAAAAUGGAUGCCUCCAAUCUGGCGGUGUGCAUCGGGCCCACGCUGCUGCAGCUGGAUGACACCCCACUAGAUGGGCAGAGGGAAAAGAUGCAGAAGGCCACAGAACUAUCUCAAUUCCUGAUUGAAAACUGCAACAUCCUUGGAGAAAAUAUCCCAAGUUUACUAGAUACAGAUGAAGACUCCCUUUCCUCUGUGCAUCAUGACUCUGCCUAUGACAGCACGGAUCCUGAUGGUGAUGGCGAGACAGGAGAGAAAAGAAGGUCUACAGAUGGAGGCCGUGGCUCAUCUUCCUCAUACUCGUCCCUCAGUCCCAGUAUUACCACCUCGUCAUGGCAAUCUGAUGCUGCCUUUGACAACAAGGCACCCUUCAACCGCCGCUGUUCGGAGCCCAUCCUCCUUGUUCCAGAGAAUCUCGAGAGCCUCCGCAGCCACGCCAGGAGCCACGAGGACUGCACCAUGAAGCGGGAAGAGUUUGACAUGCAAACACUGAAAAAGCAAAUCUCAGACGACUCCUUCCUGCUGAAAAGUCGCGGUGGAGCCAGCUCGGUUUUGUCUUUUCCAAAGCUGAGCUGUAGCUCAAACAUGGAUCAGCUGCCCUACAUGGGGAAGGACUGUUCCUGCUCGUCCCUGGAGAGUACUGCCUCCAACCAGUCGGAGAACUCUGUCUUUACCAGUUCCCCAAUGGGCUCGCCGGGGUGUUCCAAGAAAAACAACAGUCAAACCAUGGUGACCACAAACGGCAAGCUGGAUGUUCCCAGACCAAUAUCGGAAGAGAAGAGGCGUUCCCAGUCUAUGAGGGUUGCCUCUAAAGUCCUGAUGAGGACUAGGAGCUUGGGUGCUUUCAGCAGAGGCAGUCUAAAAAAGGACUCUCAAAAGGAAAACUCCUUCCCAGAGACUCUUCAGGAGGACUCGCAGAGUGAAGCAGAUCCCUCUGUAGAUGUAACUCUCAAGCCACGCCCUCUGUCUGCCAUUGAAGUGUUCAAGCAGGUGGACAGCAAGCUGCCUUGCAGGCCUCCAUCAUAUGAGCAGGCAAUGCAGAACAUGCCUCCCCCUCCGGAGUAUCGUUCCAUGACAGUACAGGAUGCCAUAACACUGGGGAGGAGAUCACGCCCUUCCUCUGUCAACUAUGAAUUUCCAAUCAGAGAGGGCAUAUUCAGCCAGGACUGCUUCUCCCAAACAGCACAGAACAACAUCAUGGAGCAGCGGCAGCCUUUUCGUCAGAGGGCCAUGUCUGAGUCUGUAUCUGCAGGGCAGCAUGAGAUGGUGUCUCGGAGAUGCAGCCAGCCAGUGUUUGAUGAAUUUUCAUAUGCUAAGGAAUCUUAUGUUUGAAAAUACUAAAGUACUUAAGAGACUUUGUAAAUGGACUUUUGAACUUUCAUUCAUGGCAACUUGUACAGCAGAACUUCUAUGCUUUGUAAAUAUGUUUGUACAAAACAUUUCUAUUUUUCACCUUUUGUUUGACUGAAUGUCAGAUAUGUGCCUCCUGUGAGGUUGCACAUUCUCAGUACUUUUAAAGUACGAAGUUUACAUUAUAUGUAGUUACCAUGAUAGAUAUUAAGUCUAUCGCUAUGAAGCUAUAAAAUGAACACAGCUUUCUGUGAACGAAAUAUGCUAUAAGUUUCUAUGUUUUGUGUUUUACGUGCAACACAUGACAGCAAGCACAGUUUGUUUUUUCAUUCUUUAUUUUUUGCUUUUUGUGAAUGCACUUCCCUCAUCACAGUCUUCCUCUUCCACUACACUAAAGCACUUUUAAUGAUGACUAGCUAUGCGUUUCCUCUAUGUAUGCUAAAUUGUAAAUACAUUUGUAUGUUUAAUCAACAGCAAUGGGUUUUAUUUGUGAAGCCUUGAUAAUAUAAAUGGUUAUAGAUGACCCUGUGAGAAUAUGAAAGAAAAAUA